GAUCAGAUCAGACCCAGUCCAGUGUAUAGUUAGCUUCAAAAAUGGAGGAGCAGAAAGAUGGAGGUUUUGGUGUUAGUAGUGAAAAUGGGAAGAAAAAGAAGAAGUUGGUGUUUGCUGUGAAUGGAGAGAGGUUUGAGCUCCCAAAUGCUCAUCCUUCCACCACUUUGCUCAGCUUCUUGCGCUCUCACACCCUUUACAAGAGCCCUAAACUUGGCUGUGGUGAAGGUGGCUGUGGAGCAUGUGUAGUCCUUGUGUCAAAGUAUGAUCCUGUUCACUCACAGGUUGAAGAUUAUACAGUAAGUGCUUGUCUCACACUUCUGUGCAGUGUAAAUGGCUGUUCAGUCACAACCAGUGAAGGGCUUGGGAACAGCAGAGAUGGUUUCCACCCAAUUCAUCAAAGAUUUGCUGGUUUCCAUGCUUCUCAGUGUGGCUUCUGCACUCCUGGGAUGUGUGUUUCUCUGUUUUCUGCUCUUAUCAAUGCUGACAAGCUUCAUAGGCCACAACCCCCCCAGGGAUUCUCCAAGCUGACUGUCUCUGAAGCCGAAAGGGCUAUAUCGGGGAAUCUUUGUCGUUGCACUGGAUAUCGGCCUAUCGCUGAUGCCUGCAAAAGUUUUGCAGCUGAUGUUGAUAUUGAGGAUUUGGGGCUUAAUUGUUUUUGGAAUAAGGAGGAUAGCAGGGAAGUGAAAGUGGGUAAAUUGCCAUUUUAUGAUCCAGGGAUCAGGAUUUGUACUUAUCCCGAGUUCUUGAAAACUGGAAAGGAACAGAAACAGAAAUCUGGGAUACUUUUGGGCUCUGAAAGAUGUCAUUGGGACUGUCCUGUUAGCUUGGAGGAGCUUCAGGGCUUGCUGGGAUGUGAUUUGGGUGAAAAUGGCGAGCGGGUUAAGCUUGUUGUGGGGAAUACAGGGAUGGGGUAUUAUAAGGAUUUUGAAGAGUAUGACAGAUAUAUUGAUCUUAGGUAUAUAUCUGAGCUUUCAGUGAUUAAAAGGGACUGUUCAGGGAUUGAAGUUGGAGCCACAGUUACUAUCUCUAAACUUAUUUUGAACUUAAGGGAGGAAAGUGAAGAUUUGGGCUUAUCUGGGAAGAUUGUCUUGGGAAAAAUUGCAGACCAUAUGGAGAAAAUAGGGGCAGGGUUUAUUAGGAACACAGCUAGUGUUGGGGGGAAUUUGGUCAUGGCACAGAAAACUCGGUUUCCUUCGGAUAUAGCUACUUUGCUUCUUGCUGUGGGCUCGAGUGUCGUGAUAAUGGAAGGUCAAAAACAGGAGAAAAUCGGGUUGGAGGAGUUGUUUGAAAGGCCGGAAUUAGACUCGAGAACUGUGGUGCUGAGUGUUUGGAUCCCAUUUCGGGCAACAAUGAAAACCGGUGGCUCUUGUGACUCCAGGUUGCUGUUCGAGGCUUAUCGAGCUGCACCGAGGCCUCUUGGCAAUGCGUUACCCUAUGUGAAUGCCGCCUUCUUGGCUGAUGUUUGUGCCACGAGAAAUGGAUAUCUGAUCAAUCAUGUCAGGUUGGCUUUCGGGGCUUUUGGCACAAAACAUUCAGUAAGGGCAAGAAAGGUUGAGGAUUUUCUGACAGGGAAAACAUUAAGUGUCAAUGUUUUGUAUGAAGCACUUAAGCUAGUAAAGGCAACUGUGGUGCCUCAACCUGGCACAUCUCAUCCCGAGUAUCGGUCUAGCGUGAUUUCCAGUUUCCUUUUCAAGUUCCUCCAAGGCUUCAUUGCAUUCGAUCCCACAAUUUCUCGCGGUUUACCUGACAAUACUGCUACUUCCAUAGAGAUCUGUCAAAACGAAAAUCGGGGAUUGCUAUCUUCUGGAAAUCAGUGUGUCAAUUUCAGUAAAGAUUACUAUCCAGUGGGCAAACCAAUAGCAAAAUCUGGAGCUUCAAUCCAAGCUUCUGGUGAAGCUGUUUAUGUAGAUGACAUUCCCUCACCAUCAAACUGUCUAUACGGGGCGUUUAUUUAUAGUACACAGCCUUUAGCGUGGGUGAAAGGCAUUAAAUUUAAGUCCGAUUCAGUACCCGAUGGAGUAGCUGCUGUUAUCACUUACAAAGAUAUCCCAACUCGAGGGGAGAACAUCGGGUCUAUAACCAUGUGUGGCUCUGAGCCUCUAUUUGCUGAUCAUCUUACCCGAUGUGCAGGCGACCGUAUUGCUCUCGUGGUUGCAGAGAGCCAGAGACAGGCAGAUGCAGCAGCAAGAAUGGCCAUAGUGGAAUAUGAUACAGAAAAUUUAGAUCCACCCAUCUUAAGUGUUGAGGAUGCUGUGAAGAAAUCGAGUUUUUUUGAGGUCCCUCCUAUGUUAAUCCCAGAAAGAGUUGGAGAUUUCUCCAAAGGAAUGGCUGAAGCAGACCACAAGAUUCUGUCUACAAAGAUUAGCCUUGGGUCACAGUACUUCUUCUAUAUGGAGACACAAACUUCUCUAGCGGUCCCCGAUGAAGACAACUGCAUGCUGAUAUAUAGUUCGAGCCAGUGCCCCGAGUCUGCACAUAGUGUAAUUGCCCGAUGUCUGGGCGUUCCGGAGCAUAAUAUUCGCGUGGUUACAAGACGGGUUGGAGGAGGUUUUGGUGGCAAGGCAGUGAGAGCAAUGCCUAUCUCCACGGCGUGUGCGUUGGCUGCUUACAAGCUGAACCGCCCUGUCAGGAUUUACCUCGACAGAAAGACGGAUAUGAUCAUGGCAGGUGGGAGACAUCCGAUGGAAGUAACUUACAGCGUUGGAUUCAAGUGGAGUGGGAAGAUCACAGCUUUGCACCUCGACAUUCUGAUAAAUGCAGGUAUAGAAGUAGACCUAAGCCCGGUGUUACCCAACAAUAUAAUUGGGGGAGUUAGUAAGUACAAUUGGGGCGCCCUGUCGUUUGAUGUGAAGGUCUGCAAGACGAACGAGUUUACCAAGUCGUUUAUGCGGGCUCCUGGUGAGCUACAAGGGUCUUUCGUUGCUGAAGCUGUGAUGGAACAUGUAGCGUCUUUGGUGUCGAGGGAUGUGGAUUCUGUGAGAGGCGAAAACCUGCACACAUUCGAGAGCCUUAAAGCGUUCUACAGGCAAAACGCGGGGGAGCUAGUGGAUUACACUUUGCCUGCUGUUAUGGAGAGCCUGGCUAGAUCUUCCCGGUUCUUGGAAAGAACUGAGAUGAUUCAGCGAUUCAAUCAGCAAAAUCGGUGGAAGAAGAGGGGGAUUUCGAGAGUUCCCGUUGUGGCUGAGGUUUUGGUAAGCCCUACUCCAGCAAAAGUAAGCAUUUUAUCAGAUGGCUCUAUAGUUUUAGAGCUUGGAGGGGUUGAAUUGGGACAAGGGCUCUGGACAAAGGUGAAACAGAUGGCUGCUUAUGCUCUCGGUUUAGGUUUAGCCCUGUGUGAUCAGCCCGAAGAGCUCGUGGGAAAAGUUCGGGUCGUGCAAUCUGACACUUUAAGUAUAGUUCAAGGAGGUUACACUUCUGGAAGCACAACUUCAGAAUCAAGCUGUGAAGCUGUUAGGCUUUGCUGUAAUGUCCUAAUUGAGAGAUUGUCCCCGUUGAAGACGACGUUGCAGGAUCAAACCGGUUCUGUGGAUUGGAACACACUAAUUCUGCAGGCAUAUAAUGCACAAGUGAACUUAGCCGCGAAUUCCUAUUAUGUUCCCGACAUCAAUUUCACAAGAUAUCUGAACUACGGGGCUGCUGUUAGCGAGGUGGAAGUGGAUAUUCUGACAGGGGAAUCGAGGAUUUUGCGGGCCGAUAUUGCAUAUGAUUGUGGGCAGAGCUUGAACCCUGCUGUUGAUAUGGGGCAGAUUGAAGGGGCUUUUGUUCAGGGAGUUGGGUUCUUUAUGCUUGAAGAGUACCUUACAAAUGCAGAUGGAUUGGUGGUUUCUGACAGCACUUGGACAUAUAAGAUCCCGACAAUUGACACGAUCCCACAUCAGCUCAAUGUUGAUGUACUCAACACUGGACAUCACAAAAAUCGCAUUCUCUCGUCUAAAGCUUCCGGUGAGCCACCACUUCUUCUGGCAGCUUCAGUCCACUGUGCAACAAGGGCUGCCAUUAAAGAAGCCAGAAAACAGCUAUUCGGACUGGGGAUUCAACCUUUUGGGAGAAGAAAACAGCUACUCGAGUUCGAUGAUUUUUCCAACUUCUUUCUAGAAGUUCCUGCCACAAUGCCUGUUGUGAAGAAGCAUUGUGGGCUGGAUUAUGCUGAGAAAUUCCUGGAAUUUUUGCUUAGCCAUCAACCUAAUUAACUAGCUCAAAACUUCACCCUUAGCUUCAUCAUCCACAAACAUGCUGUAAAAUGAAGAUUUAUAUAUGUUGUUAGUAUGCAUGUGUGAUUAAUAUAAAAACUUACGUGUAAGCAUCUCAAAUCCUAACAAUAUAUCAACUGAUACAAUAAUAGAAUGAAACGUACGUGUUGAA